AAUUCCGCAAAAGCUUAUCUCCAUUGCUAAGCUCUGUGGCUAAACAGUUCGAUCCAAAUGCUUCGUCUUCUUCGAAGCUCCACUUCUCUUCAAAUUCCACAUCCAUUCGCUCUCCACAAAAAUCACAGAAAAUCAGCAUCCGGGCUUGGAUUUCAUUGGGACCAAAAAUUGCUACCUAGAAGAAGAAACAGCAACUUUCGCUCACUCGGUGCCGUGGACAGAGACUCUGACUUUGAGGUUGAUCCAGUUAAGGCCCGGGAAGCUCUAGAAAAGCUUGACGAACAGCUUCAAUCUCUUGCUCAGAAACAAGUCGACCCUCCAAAAUUCAGAGCUUCAGAUCUAAAGCAGCUAGAAGGUCAAAUGAGAGAAGAGACUACAGAAAUUUCAGGGUCAUUUUUAGUGUACGCAGCUUCAGGUCUCCUAAUAUUCACAAUUUUCUACAAUGUAUUGUUUCUAACUGUUAUAAAGCCAGCAAUAGAUGGGCAAAAUGAACCUGUUGAAAUCACCAGCUCUUCAGUAGAAUCUGAAAAAAACAGCUCCUUUACCGGGGGCAUUACUUGAGCCUUGAGAUACCAAAGUUUGGAUGUCUAUGCUUAAAUCUAAGCAUCUGACUUAUUUCGUACUGAUUAAUAGUUUUUAAAGUUAUCAGCCAAACUGAGUUGCCGGGUUGAAUGCUAGAGCUAUUCCUGGUAAGGACAAAGCUGCUAAGAUUGAUAGAGCCUAAGAUGUCCCGGCAAAGCUUUUGGGAAGAGCAAAAGAGGGGUAGUCUUGUGUGUAAGCAUAGCAUUUCUGGUCGAACUCGUAAACUAAUGCACAUCCAGCAGGAGCUUGAGAACGACUAUUGUGUUACUGUAGCGCAGCAAGUAUGAUGAUAGUGCUAUGCGUACCCCUCUAUUUCCUUUUCUUUCUUCACCUCUUCCAUUCAAAGAUCUCGCGUUUGAAUGUCUGUAACAAAAAUUUUAGGAUAAUUCUGUAAUCAGCUUUCCUGUCUUCAGAUCUGAGAAUCAUUUAUUAAAUGUUUUGUAUGUUUAUGCGGUUGUUGCCAGUCGUUCUCCGGGAAUUU